CUGGCAACCAGGCUGUCUAGUGUCUAGUCUACCCCGGCCAGUGAAUCUUCGCACACUCAAGUGAUAAGUGCCAUAGUCAGAUCCCGGAAGAUGGAUCUAAGCUCUUAGCCUUUACAACACUAUAAAUAUCCACCAUCUACAGUGAAUCAGAUUAGUGUCUACUUCAAAUUUAGCGUAUAAAGAUGGCGACGAACAAUGUUGGCCUUCGAGUAGACCAGCUAACAACUCCGGCGUUUUUGGUCGACUACGCUCAAGUUAAAAGCAAUUGCAAUAACAUGCUGGAGACUUGCAAUAAAAUGGGUGUGCGCUUGCGCGCUCAAACGAAGACACACAAGACCAUAGAGGGCGCGGAGCUUCAGACGGGAGGAACGAAGAAAUGCUUGGUGACAUCCACGUUGGACGAAUCCGAAUUCUACGCUGACCAUGGCUUCGACGACAUUCUCUACGGUUACCCGCUGAUUCCCUUCCAUAUGUCUAGAGUUACGGCUUUGACAAAGAGACUGGAAAAGUUCCACGUGAUGGUCGACUCGAGACUGGCAGUAGAGACAUUGUUGGAAUCCCCGCCGCCUUCACCGAAGACCUGGUCAGUCUUCUUAAAGGUCGACUGCGGCAACGGAAGAGCUGGCGUCUGGUGGGAAGACGAGGAGGGAAUAGAACUGGCCUUGAGUCUCAGCUCAGCUCCGUCAAGGAUCACCUUCUGUGGUGUUUACGUACACUGUGGUAACACCUACCAUGUGGAUGACCCCAAAGAUGUCGACACACUGAGGGAUGAGAAUAUCGAACGUCUGCUCAAAUUUGUGGAGAAGGCCAGGACACGAGGGGUCAUCUGCCCUACAGUUGGAAUUGGCUCAACGCCCUCCUGCAGAAGGCCAGCCGAUACCAUGAAGAAACUGACCGAGUUGCAUCCGGGGAACUACGCCUUUCUGGACGUCCAACAAUCAACUUUAGGCUCGUGCUCCCUCGAAGACAUUGCCUGCUGCGUCGCCACGAGAAUCAUAGGCCAUUACCCACACAGAAACCAAAUGUUGAUCGACUGCGGUUUCACUGGACUCACCAAACAAGGAGAAGGGAAGAUGCCUUCUGGAUACUGCGUCAUCAAGGAUCAUCCCAACCUCAAACUUUGCAGUAUGACCCAAGAAAUUGGGUUUGUGGAGACAAUAAAAGGGAAAUUAGACUAUGCAAAGUACCCAAUCGGAACAAUGCUCUUCCUACUUCCCUGGCACUCUUGUGCAACAGCAGCUAUGUACCCCGUCUACAAUGUCGUUCAAGACGGCAGGGUGAUUGCAGAAUGGAAGCCCACGAGAGGGUGGUAAAACCAAGAGAUGAACCACGAAAAUUUUGACUAAAUUGUUCUCUGAUGUUAUGUCAAACUGGAGUAAAGGUUAUUUGGGAAAUGGGAGA